AUGACUCUGGGGUACAACAUCUAUGAGAACUUAAACAGGGCAAGAUUUACUUAUGAUGCAGCAGUAGAUCUCCUGUCUGGUGGACAUAAGAAUGUUCCAAACUACAGCUGUGGAGGACAGAAUAAGCUCUUGGCUGUUCUUGAGGGGACCAACGCUGAAACCUCCACACAGAUUUCAACCAUGUUGAGCAUCUACAAAAUUCCUCAGACUCUGCCUUGUUCUAGGUGCACUGAGGUUUGUCCUCCUGGAUACACUAAGGUCAUCAAGGAAGGAGAACCUAUUUGCUGCUAUGACUGUUCUCCCUGUGGGGAAGGGACAAUCUCCAAUCAGGAAGAUGCAAGUCAUUGUGAAAAAUGUCCAGAAGAUCAGCAUCCAAGCAUUAUCCGAGACCAGUGUGUUCCCAAGCAUAUCUCCUUCCUGUCCUAUGAGGAACCUUUGGGGAUCAUCCUAAAUGUACUUACUCUUUUCUUCAUCCUAAUCACAAUUUUUGUUUUGGGAAUUUUUGCUAAGUACAUAGAAACACCAGUGGUCAAAGCCAACAAUCUCAGCCUCUCCUAUAUUCUCCUCGUCUCCCUCCUACUUUCAUUUCUCUCCACUUUUCUCUUCAUUGGUGAACCCCAGAAGGUGACCUGCCUUCUCCAACAAACUGCCUUCAGCAUCAUCUUCUCCAUUGCUGUCUCUUCUGUGUUGGCCAAAACUGUCACUGUGGUGGUGGCCUUCAUGGCUUCAAAGCCUGGGAGCAGGAUGAGGAAAUGGCUGGGAAAGAGCUUGGCCAACUUCAUUGUCUUUUUCUGUUCCAGCAUUCAAGUGGGCAUCUGCACACUCUGGCUGGGCAUCUCUCCCCCCUUCCCAGACUCUGACAGGCACUCCCAGUUGGGACAGAUCAUACUGCAAUGUAAUGAAGGGUCUGUGGCCAUGUUUUAUGCUGCCCUUGGCUACACGGGCUUUCUGGCCGCCAUCUGCUUCACUGUGGCUUUCCUAGCCAGGAAGCUGCCUGGGGCGUUCAAUGAAGCCAAGCUGAUCACCUUCAGCAUGUUGGUGUUCUGCAGUGUUUGGGUGUCCUUUGUGCCCACCUACCUGAGCACUAAGGGGAAAUACAUGGUUGCUGUGCAGGUCUUCUCUAUCUUGGCCUCCAGCUUGGGUUUACUGGGCUGCAUCUUUCUUCCCAAAUGCUACAUUAUUAUACUGAGGCCUCAUCUGAAUACAAAGGAAGAUCUAAUGAUGAAACAUAAAGAUGAAAUAUGA